UUUGACAGCCAAAUGAGUGAUUAUUAUUACCAACAUGUAAAAAUGUAAAAUUCGCUUUUUGUUUUGCAAAAUAAAAGUUUCUUAUUCUAUAAUUAAAUUUAGUUUAUUUAAUUAGUUGCAGUUUAUUUUGCUUAGUUUUAAUUCGGAAACAUGUUUAGAGACACCGAUUAUUCUCAGUCAUCUAGCUCCGAUGAUUAUUCCACAUCAGACUUUACAUCCGACCUGGAUCAAAACGAAUCGGACAACAAUCAAAACAUUAUUCUCAAUCAAUACGUUCAGGAAGUAAUCGAUUUUACAUCACAGUAUGGCAGCAACUUUAGUAUAUCGUACACUGCAUUCAACAUCAUUGGUAGACCAUCCAAAUAUCCAGACUAUGGAGACUAUCCGGAAACGUUCGCAAUGCGAACCUAUGGCAAGUGGUGGGAAAUUGUACCGUCUACGUCGCCGGAAAUAAUGCCACAGACGAUUCCGAACAUAAUUUCGCAUGAUUUUAUUAUUCUUAAAUACGAAGAACAAGUUUUACCUGAAGAAAUCACUAUAUUUGAAACAUAUAAUCCUGGAGCUGUGAUAAAAAUCUGGGCAUACACUGUAGUUAAGCAGUGGAUCUGCUUAUGGGAGCAACCAUCAGUACGGUGUCCGAAAUUCCCGAGAAUGUUUUCUCCGAAGCUGAAGAAAAUCAACGUUCCGACUAACACCAUCCGAAUCGAGUUCAACCACUCAAAUUUGGACUAUUUUACUGAAAUCGAUGCGGUUCUACUCACCGGCAUCAAGUGCAAUCCAGUGCAUAUACCAAAGUUCAUUACAUUAGCAAAUAAAUGCAAUGAACGCAGGGGACCGAUUAGCAGGAAACUGGAGAGUGUGCAAUUCAAGCCGAUUGUCGUAAAUGCUGAUGUGAUAAUUGAUUUUCUGGUCAACGACUUUGAGAGUUUCAUCAUCGAAUCGGGAAUGGUUGAUGAUGAAGAUAAUGCUCAAUUUACAUUGAAAGACUUCCCGUCGGAGAUACUCUUCAAAAUUUGCUCAUACUUGGAUCUACAGUCUCUGUUUCAAUUGUCGGAAGCGUGCGUGAAGUUGCAUCAAGUUGCUGUAGAUCCGUUGCUUUACACUGAAGUCAAUUUACGACCGUACUGGAACUUGGUCAAUUCAGACUUGUUGGAGACAUUGGGACGAAGAUGCAAAUUUUUAAAGAAAUUGGACAUGUCAUGGUGUGGCUGUUCGACGUCUUUAAAUAGUCAAGAUCUAAUCAAAUUUCUGCGUCGAUGUGGCAGCAAUUUGACACACUUGAAGCUAAGCAGCGUAAGCAUUUUGAAUGGUCUGUGUGUGGAAACCAUUGGAAGAGUGUGCCAAAAUUUGACCGAGCUUUCAAUACGAAAUUUUCCGAGAACUGAAAUACUAUCCGAAUCGUGCUUGGAACAUUUCAAAAAUCUGGAACGUCUCGACUUAUUCCGUUCGAAUAUUGAGCUGGACGUGCUGCUAAUGGUUCUGAAGAAUAAUCCAAAACUGAAGCAUUUAAAUUUGGCCUUUUCCGAACUGAACAUGGAUGAAGUGUCUAUUCAAAUAGCCAAUUGCAAUCCGGGAAUCAUAUCGAUUGAUAUGUGGAAGUCUCACGCCCUGUCAUCGGUUGGUUUAUUGGCAUUAUCGAAUUGUACAAAACUCGAAGAGGUUGAUUUCGGAUGGUGCUUGCGUGAAGAGGCCACUCCCAGCGAGAGUCUAAAGGCGCUAGUCAAAGGUUGUCCUAAUUUAAAGAAACUAUUUUUCGCCUCAAUUAGGGGGCUCACUGAUCGAGACUUGGAGAACAUUGCUAUUUAUUGUGAGAAUCUGGAGCAAUUGGAUUUGAUGGGUGUGAUGGGAAUAUCGACGGAUAAAUGUUAUGAAAUACUCACUAAGUGUACCAAACUGAAAUUAAUAGAUUUGAGCUUUUGUGAUCACUUGGAUGAUAUACAACUUCGAUUAUGGCAACAAGAAUUCCGUGCUCAUAUAAAACGAGGUUUUGUGCCUUCCGAUUUGGGUAAUUAGUUAUAGGCUUAGGCAUGUUUGUGCUUGAAAAUUCGUUAAAAUAAAAAUUAUUUAUUUUGUUUC